CUCUCGGGGCGGGGCGGGCGGGCCGGCCCGGCCGGCCGGUGCGUCAUCUGACCCGCAACCUUUCGCAAUGCUGGGGACCAGACUUUCGGUCUCGACGCAAACACUCCUUCUGUUGACAGUUCUUUUCGUACUCAGAGCACGCACACCGGUCCCGGCACAGCGCGCAGCCUGGGCUGAGCUCCGUGCACGACGCCCUCCCGGGACAGUACAGUACCGAUCUCUCCCGGUUUGGGACGGACCGCUCUCGGGACAUCUCCCUGUUCAGGACAGGCAAGUGCCGGGACAUCUCCCGGUGAAGGAUACACCGCUCCCGAGAUAUUUCCCUGUUUGGUGACGGACAUCUCCCGGUUUCACUUCGCAGCCGACAUGGCCGAGUGGACGCCAUCUCCCUGCGAACAGUGGCAGGCCCAGGCCGCCAAGAACAGGUCAGUACGCCGGAACCUCUUCGGGCCGGUGGACAGGCAGCAGCUGCAAUCAGAGCUGGAAACCGAGCUGAGGAUCGGCCUGCAGGCCGCAGCCAGGAGAUGGGCCUUCGACUUCGAAGCGGAGCGGCCACUGCCGGGCGACAUGCAGUGGGAGGCCGUCCCGAACCAGGACGUCCCGUCCUUUUACCGAAUGGUAUGUGUCGCCUCGCUGAUGAACCCCCUGAGGUCAAGGGAGGGAGUUGAGAUGGGCACCCCGUCGGCUGAGAAAAAACCAGUUCUGCCCCAUGGACGCAAGAGGAGACAGGCUCUCAUCACAGAUUUCUACGUUAUGAAGAGAAGGUUCAGGCCACUGGAUGCUGAGGCUAAGCCUUAAGGCCGGCAGGAAGUGGUGCGAAGAGUGGACAGUGGACUUCGUGUUCCUGGUCAACUGCCUGGACUUUGCAACAAGAUGGC